CUUUUGAUAAACAAGUUGGAAACAUAUUUGUUUCUGGUUCAGAUGGAGAUAAAGGAGUAGCUAUUGUUCAACAGUUAAUUCAGUUACCAGAGAAAUAUAAGCAUUUACAUCCACAAAGUAUCUAUGCUGGUUUGCCUGAUGAUACAACACCAAGAGCCAAAUCAUUAAAGGGCUUAGGUGCACAUGUUGUCGCCUUUGAUAUAUUUCUGAAUCAUGAAGCCGCUGUUGAAGCCCUAAGACAUAUUACUAAACUUUGUUUAUUAAUUGAUCCAUUAAGUGAAAGAAUGAAGCGUUCAAAUGCUUUUCUUUAUGGAAAAGCUUUUAUUGAUGCUGCUAAAAGAGCACAUGUUGAACAUAUUGUCUUUUUAACACCUUUUACACCUCUUGAUCCUGUUAUUUCAACAAUGGAAGAAGAUCAAGACCAUGAUGACGAUUAUGAUUCAUAUCGUUCACAAUUUAUGAUGGUUGAAUCUUAUUUACAUUCACAAUUUGAUAAUAGUCGCAUUACCAUCUUAAGGUAUCCAGGAGUAUUACAUCAACAUCUUUUAGUCUUUAGUAAAUAUAUAGCUCAAUAUAAUGCCUUCCCAUUACCAGAUCAGCACUUGGAAAUUACAGUUGAAUCUUGUAACAUGAUUGAUAUCGCUCGUGCUACUGCAUGUGUGGCACAUUCACCUACUUUACGUCAUAGCAAGAAUGCCUACAAGAUAUCAUCAGGAUUGUUUACUUUAGAAGAAGUGAGUGAAAAAGUACUUCAUGGGCUUGAAAGGGAGAAUGUAAUCAAUCGUAUUGAUAUCAGUACAUUACAACAAAUAAUAUGUGAUAGUAUUGGUAAUGAGGACCAUGCCAUCUUUUUAAUGGAAAUAUGGGGUCUUCAUCAAAGGCUUAAAGGUAGACGUUUAGAGAUCACACGCGAUUUAGAGGCACUCACUGGACAAAGCGGGAAAUCAUUGAAUGAAUAUUUCCAGGAGGCAGAGGUUCGUGAAAUGUUUUUAUCCUAUGUACCAACAACAAAUAACAGUAAUGAAACAAAUACAAUUUUAUCGUCAUCAUCAAAAGUAGCAUAAAUAUAUCAUUUAAUAUAUAUAAAUAAGCCUCCUCCCCUCUUCCCCUCACUUGUUCCUCUAAACUUACUUACUUGAAACAGAGAAGCGUGAUAUCCCCUUAUUUAAACUUAUCGAUUUUAUAAAGAUUAACAAAGAUAACAAAUAAAGCCAGUUUUUAAAAUUAA